UGAAACUAUUUUGAAUCCAGGGUAUGAUUACCAUCCAACUUGUUUAUUACAGUCAUUUUUCUCUAGCAUUACCAUGUCCAUGUGCUGCAUGGGCCGAACCAAUUUUCUUUAUUGAUUUGUACUGUAUCGCAUUCGCUCCAACUUUUAUUGUUUGAAGACAUUCCGCGCGCCCUUACCAAACGAUCUGUUUCAAUAUGCCAUAGCCUGCCUGGGUGAGAUGCCUCCCUAAUCCGAAUUUGGUUUUUGUUGAUGUUGAUUCGACGGGUACUCUGCGAUGAAGCAGCUCUGGGUAAGUGCCGAGCUGCUUUAUGGCAGAGCAGUCCACCAAUGUCGAGGGCAGGUUUUUCGAGCAUUAGAGGUUGCAGUGGCACAUUUUCUCCUGUGGGUGUCGCACAAGAGCGGCUAAUGGGACACAAGCUGGGACGCCCCCCCCCCCCCUCCCAGCCUCACCCUCCCCUUUUCUUGUACUAUGUGUGUGCGAGUGUGUUGUGUGUCGGAUGGAAAGUGAGCCUGGGUUUCCAGCUGAGUGCUUGCUCUCCCCUCAGUGUGUGUGGUGUGUGUGUGUGCGCGCGCGCGCGUGUGUGUGUUGUCAUUAUUAUCCAGUCUGCUCCGAGCUCAGAAUGGCCAGAUUCACUCAGACUGAAACAAGACGACAGCAUCAGCCAGAGCUGCCCCAUCCCGCUCACACCAGCCUGGUUUUCACUGGACCGGGGGCAUCGCCAACCCAACAUCCACUACUACUGAUUCCGCACCAGCACCAGUACUCUCAGAUCACAUUUCCAAAACCCAUGAACGGGUCAGAAUCCAUUUCCAUUCAUCCGGACAGCGGCAACAUGAAAGACCAAGAUGCCAUAAAGCUGUUUAUCGGGCAGAUACCGCGGAACCUAGAGGAAAAAGACCUGAAACCUCUAUUCGAACAGUUUGGGAAAAUCCACGAAUUGACAGUUCUGAAGGACCGAUACACCGGAAUGCACAAAGGCUGUGCGUUCCUCACCUACUGCGCGCGGGAGUCCGCCAUCAAAGCCCAGAAUGCCCUCCACGAACAGAAAACACUGCCAGGGAUGACUCGGCCCAUCCAGGUGAAGCCAGCAGACAGCGAGAGCCGUGGAGAAGACAGGAAGCUGUUUGUGGGGAUGCUGAACAAACAGCAGACUGAGGAGGACGUGUACCGCCUGUUCGAGCCCUACGGCGUGAUCGAGGAGUGCACCGUGCUAAGAGGUCCUGACGGAAACAGCAAAGGCUGUGCCUUUGUAAAGUUCUCCACACACGCCGAAGCCCAGACUGCAAUCAGCGCCCUGCAUGGCAGCCAGACCAUGCCGACCGGCUCCGAUUCUCUCCCCCCCCAGGGCGCCUCCUCCAGCCUGGUGGUGAAGUUCGCCGACACCGACAAGGAGCGCACCAUCCGGCGCAUGCAGCAGAUGGUGGGCCAGUUCGGCAUCUUCAACCCCACCGUCGCCCUCCCCUUCAGCUCCUACAGCACCUACGCACACGCGCUGAUGCAGCAGCAGGCCGCCAUCAUGGCCGCCACCCACGGCGGCUACCUGACGCCCAGCGUGGCCUUCCCCACCGCACAGAUCCACCAGAUGGGGGCGCUCAACAUCAACGGCCUGCCCCCCACCGGGAUUACCUCGGUGUCGGGUGAGUUGCACCAGGCCUUGGGUCUCAGCUCUCCGCCCACCUCCGCCGUGCCCAGCAUCGUCACCCCCAUCGUCAACGGCUUCACCGGCAUCCCCCACCAGCCCAACGGACACCCCGCCGUGGAGGCCGUCUACACCAACGGCCUGCCGCCCUACUCCGCCCAGAGCCCCACCGCCGCCGACACCCUCCAGCAGGCCUUCACGGGCGUACAGCAAUACACAGCAAUUUAUCCAGCGACAACACUGACUCCUAUUGGCCAGACACUGCCACAGCCACCGCAAGUCAUCCAGCAGCAACAACAGAGGGAAGGUGAGGGACCGGAGGGCUGCAACCUCUUCAUCUACCACCUGCCGCAGGAGUUCGGUGACAACGAGCUCAUGCAGAUGUUCCUGCCGUUCGGCACAGUCAUCUCCUCCAAGGUCUUCAUGGACAGAGCCACCAAUCAGAGCAAGUGCUUCGGUUUCGUGAGCUUUGAUAACCCAGCCAGCGCACAGGCGGCCAUCCAGGCCAUGAAUGGCUUUCAGAUCGGGAUGAAGCGGUUGAAAGUGCAGUUAAAACGACCAAAGGACGCCAGCCGUCCCUACUGACAGACCCCGCCCCCUCAGCGUUCACUGCAACAGCACAGGUUUUGAAGAGAAGUGAAGAUAUCCCGAAGGAGUUAAACUUUUUCUUUAAAAACAAAUAAAAAAGUUUAAAAAAAAAUAAAAAAAACUAACAAAAAAAAAAAAACACAAAACCACGAAAGGGAUUUU